UGGAGAAUGCCAACCCACAAACCAAAGUUAGUCAAUCAAGUAUGCAAUGCUAUUAUGUGAUGGUCUAUAAAUACAAAAACAUGAAGACUUUUUUCUAUGUCUUUGCUAACUUAACUAACCAAAACAUGCCUGUAGUUAUAUUGAGUAUUGCUGCUGUUGCGAUAGGAGGAACCGCUUAUUAUAUGAGAAAAAGAUUGAAACUAAAAGACGGAGACAAAGAUAUUGCAAAAGAAAGACAACGAAAGAAGAAGAUCGAGCUUUUAAAGGGAGGAUCGUCAUUGCCAACUGUUGUGGCUCAGAUCCUUCAUCCAGAACAUGAACUCUUUUUGGACUUUGGACAAACUUAUAGGUGUGACGCUUGCCUACAGUAUGGCGAAGGUAAGAGGUACCGAUGUAGGGGAUUAUGCGGCUUCAGAGUGCAUCCGAAUUGUGCAUUGUCUUAGAAAAUGAUUUGUGAUUUGUUUCAGACAGAUCUCCAAACAUAUGCCCACAAGUACAUGCAUCCAUUGAGCAUAAUAAAAGACUCAUCUGACUCCAAUUGCAAACAUUGCAAAAACAAAUGCAAAGAUUUGAUUAGAUACCACUGCAAUACUUGCAAUAAGAUGUUUCACCUAGCUUGUGCAGUUCAUCCUACAAGACUACUAUCUUUCUUGCACCCUAAUCAUGAGCUCGAGCUCAAAACUCGGCCAAUCGACGCGAGAUGCAACGUAUGUUAUCAUAGUGGAAAGUCCAAUGCAAGAGUCUACUGUUGUAAGACGUGUAAAUUUUACGUGCACCCAGAUUGUGCGAUUAAAUUUCAGUACGUCAAAUCUCUUAUACACGUUGAUCAUAUCUUGGUGUUCCGUCCACUUCCGAGCUAUGAAUCUGCUGUUUGCAAAGGUUGUAACCGCGAAUGUAAACGUUGGCGCUAUACAUGCUCCGUCUGUGAGGGUGUUAAUUACCAUGAAGAUUGCCUUUUGAGAUAUGAAAUCGUUAGAAGCAACGCAUCCCUAGAAGAAGUAGGUCAUUUGUGCAAAAGAAGUUUUGUGAAAGCCUUCAAGGACGGUUUCAAGGACGGCUUCAAGGACGAUUUUAAGGAUGAUAUGAAAGAACAGUUCCACGACGAAAGCGUUUGGGAUCUCAUUGCUCAGUUUCUUGAGGCUUUGUUUAGCUAAUUGAUGAACAUCAACGGAAUUUCCUUCUCUCGAUUCGUAAGCAACAUUGGGUACUUGGGCGUCGUUU